UCCUAACCACACUACAAUACAUAGAACCAUAUCCACAACCUGAGAAGUGAAACUCAACCUUGAUAUUGAAGGUGCUGGCCUGUGAAAAAAAAAUGGAAGUUACCAACAAAUACAUAGUGAUUAAGCAUCACAUCGAAGGUGCACCUAAAGAGUCCCAUUUUGAGCUCAAAACUGAGGCUUUUGCACUGUCAGUUGAGCCAGGAUCUGAUGAUAUCAUUGUGAAGAAUCUGUAUAUUGCUAUUGAUCCGUACCAUAUUAACCGCAUGAAGAGCUACAGCGCUUCCCAGAAUUCUAUAAUCCAGGCAACGCAAAUAACUCCAGGCGAGGCUAUCGAUGGUUCUGUGAUUGGAAAAGUUGUGGCUUCAGGGAAUGCCAAGUUUCAGAAAGAUGAUGUGGUUAUGGGAAGAUUCACUUGGGCAGAAUACAGUUUGGUUAAAGAAGAAAGCAUACUUCACAAAUUAGAGUCUUCUGAAUUUCCUCUUUCUUAUUAUCUUGGAGUGCUGGGACCUAGUGGGAUAGCAGCCUAUAUGGGAUUUUUCAAAUUCUGCAGACCCCAGAAUGGUGAAAAGGUAUUUGUUUCAGCAGCCUCUGGAUCAGUUGGAAAUUUGGUAGGGCAAUAUGCAAAACUUUCAGGUUGUUAUGUGGUUGGGUGUGCUGGGAGCCAAAGAAAGGUGGCAUUUCUCAAAGAAAAGCUAGGAUUUGAUGAUGCAUUCAACUACAAGGAAGAAACAGAUCUAAACUCCACUCUCAUAAGGUAUUUUCCUGAUGGAAUUGACAUGUACUUUGACAAUGUUGGAGGUGAGAUGCUAGAAGCAGCAAUUGCCAAUAUGAAAGCAUUUGGAAGAGUGGCUGUUUGUGGGGUGAUCUCCGAGUACACUGAUGCAGGAAAGAGAGCUUCACCAAACAUGUUGGACAUUGUGUACAAGAGAAUCACCAUCAGGGGAUUUUUAAGUGUUGACUUUGCAAAUGAUUUUGCAGAUUUUUUGGCAGAAACAUCGGAUUGCCUUCGUACAGGAAAGUUGCAGGUGAUUGAAGACAUAUCAUCAGGGAUGGAGAGCAUUCCCUCUGCUUUUGUUGGUCUAUUUAAUGGAGAUAACAUUGGAAAGAAACUUGUAAAGUUAUCAAGUUAAGGAGUAAUAACGCAAAGGAUGAAUAAGAGGGGCUAAAAUGUUACUCAUUGUCACUAUAUGAACGUAAUUUGUGAUGAAAUUUAUGUGCAAGAUUGUUAUUCAAAA